AGACUCUGUCGACUACGUCGGAAAGGGUAGCUAAAUACCUUUGAGAUUUGCAGAGUCACUCUUUGGCUAACCAUGAGGAAAAAGAAGAGCUUCUUCAGGAAGCCUGUGGUCAUCAAGAAUCAGAAGCAGCAACAGCAGCCAUCUGUGGAUCCUAUUACGGGAAAGAAGAUCCCUAAGAGUUUUGUGUUUUCAAGAGGGAAGUUGCCUGGUCCUCUCAGGCAACUUCAGAUGGACCUGAGAAAGUUGAUGCUGCCUUAUACCGCUCUCAACCUCAAGGAAAAGAAACGAAAUAAUCUGAAAGACUUUCUGAAUGUUGCUGGGCCUAUGGGUGUUACACAUUUCCUGAUACUCUCGAAAACUGCCACUGCACCUUAUUUGAGGGUUGCAACGACCCCUCAAGGACCUACUCUUACUUUUAAAAUAAACGAAUACUCAUUGGCAGCUGACAUUGCUCAGUCUCAGUUGCAUCCUCGGUGCCCUAAAGAUCUUUUCAAAAAUUCAGCUUUGAUUGUGCUUUCUGGUUUCGUGAGUGGAGACCUUCCUCUACAGCUUACAACUAACAUGUUUCAGAACAUAUUCCCAACAAUUGAUGUUAAAACUGUUAAACUCUCCUCUUGCCAGAGAAUUGUGCUGCUUAAUUACAACAAAGACACAAAGCUCAUUGAUUUUCGGCAUUAUUCCAUAAGAUUGCAACCUGUAGGUGUUUCCCGUAAAAUAAGAAAAUUUGUGCAAAACCAUCAAGUCCCUGAUUUAAGGAAUCUUCAUGACGUGAGUGAUUUUAUCACAAAGGCUGGCUAUGGAUCAGAGAGUGAAGCAGACGAUGAAGCAGCAACAGUGACUUUGGCAAGUGAUCUUGGUAGAGUUAAUCGUGCUUCUACAAAAAGUGCUGUGAAGCUCCAAGAGGUCGGGCCCAGGAUGACACUUAAGCUAAUCAAGGUUGAGAAAGGGCUGUGUUCGGGGGAAGUCCUCUUCAGUGAAUAUGGAAACGAAGGUGGCAGAGGAAAACAUGAUGACAAGACACAAGAGAAUCAAGAUAGAGAAGAAUCCGAAGAUAGUGAGGGUGAGGAUGAAGGCGGAAAUGGAGAAGAUUCGGAGGACAUUGAAGAUGAAGAUGGAAAUGGAGAAGAUUCGGAAGACAUGGAAGACGAGUAGCAUUAAAUGAACGGUGUUGUAUAUUGAGAAAUGGAGUGUUUUAUGUAAAAGAUGUUGGGUAUUUGUGUGAGCGGCAUCAUUACUAUACAGAAGUUGCUACCAGAAAAUUUUUCAUUGAGCAUUCUGGUUCCUCAGAGCUCAAGGACAGGUACCGGCCUUCAGAACAGAACAGAUCCUGUUCGGGUAAGGUCGUGAGCGUUCUGGUUCUUUAAGAUCUAUGAAGAUCAUAACUAUACAGAAGUUGCUACCAGAAGAUUUUUCAUCGAGCAUUCUGGUUCCUUAAGAUUUAUGAAGAUCACAAGAACACCAGGGAUAAAAUUAUAACCAUGAUUAGUUCUUUACUUUGAGAACCAUCCCAUCGUCUGCAUUAAUGAUUUCGCAUGACGGAGCUUAAUUUCAAAAGGGCAUAUCUUUACUGAUGGGGUAUAUCUUUACUGAUGUACUAACAUAAGUGGAUAAUUUGAAAUGUGUGUGUGUGUGUAUAGAUGGAAAAAAAUUAUAUGAGAAGAAUUAUUUC